AUGGAAGUUAAAAAGGAUGGAAAGCGCACGCAUCAACACUACACUGCUAUGAAUGUUAUGCAACUCAAAGGUGCUGCAAAAGCAAUUGAAGAGUUUGAGACGAGCGUUCUGCCUCGAGGUACACCAAAGGAGGAAUAUUGGGUCUUGAAAUCGGGAGAAAUUGUGAAUUGGCACCUGGAAGCAGGCCCCAACAGCCCUAUCUACACAACUAGAUGCAUUGAUGGCAGCCUUGUUAUUACAGUUGACCCUGGUAUGACUUUACAGCCCCAGGAGCCGUCCAAAUGGAUCAGCAAGAAAGAGGGUUAG